AUGACGUCAACGUUAGCCUCUUUGGAUCUAAGCUAUAAUGAAUUCACGCAAAUACCAAUCGAGGCCCUUAGGCACCUGAAAGUAUUAAAUUGGCUAAACCUACAAAAUAAUCUUAUCGUGGACUUGGAUCCGAAGAUGGAUUGGGGUUUUUUGGCAGACUCGUUAAGCAGUUUGUCUUUAAGCAAUAACCAAUUAAGCUUUCUAAGAGAAGGCGCUUUGACAUCUUUACGACAAUUAGCUCAAUUGGAAUUGGAUGGAAACAGACUUCAAGAGCUGGAAGCACAUGCACUACCGGUCUCCCUAGCGCUGCUGCGACUAUCCGACAAUUUACUGACGCGAGUACCGUGUGCCGCUCUAGCUCCUCUGACACGUCUACGUCAUUUACAUCUCCGAAAUAAUGCAUUAGCGGUGUCGCUAGCAGUAAACCGGUCUUGCCGCGCGGAACGCUACCGUAUUGAUUCGCUCGACUUGAGUCACAAUGACCUUACAGACAGCUUUGAAUUUGACUUUACACAGGGACUUCAACUAAAGCAACUAGCAUUAGAUCUAAAUGAUUUUACUGCGAUACCUCCAUUUGUACUUGAAUGCGGACGUAUAGAGAAACUAUCAAUUUCUUAUAAUGAGCUCACGCAUCUGUCUGAUACAACCAUACUGGCUCUCAAACAUGACUUGGAACGUCUUGAUUUAGAUAACAAUGAGUUAACUUUUUUACCUCAAAGCAUGCAGGAACUGACUCGUUUGAGGCACUUAUCACUUGCUUAUAAUCAAUUGCGGGAUAUAGAGUGGCUGCCGCCUCGUCUUCGUUCGUUAUCUUUGGCAGGCAAUUAUUUAGAAGGAUUACCCGCAGCACUAAUAACAUUAGAGCCGGCUGUACUUCAUUACCUUGACGUCGGUUAUAACCGUAUUACAUACGUGGCUCCAGAGUGGUUUGGCGCGUGGUCAGCCGCACUCGCAACGUUAAGCCUACGUGGUAACCGAAUUUCACAAUUGGCAGCUGACGCUUUUCCUUCUGCGUUACCGCUUCGGGAACUCGUGCUUAGUUUUAACGAUUUAUAUUAUGUGGAAGCGAGCGCAUUUUCUAAUCUUACUUCACUACAGGUUCUAGAAUUGUCGUCCACUCUUUUCAGUGGUGAAGUUCCUGCUGGGCCCGCUUUUCGAGGUCUCACUUGGCUGAGUCUCGACAAUAAUAACAUUCACUUUUUUUCUUCCGAAGACAUGGAGUAUUUCAUUUCUUUAGAGUAUCUGAAUUUAGAUUUUAAUAAACUUAUUGAAUUUCCCAGUCAAAUGCUUGAAACGAAUAGUUCCUAUAAGAUAAAGGAAUUGAGGUUAGCUUAUAAUUAUAUAUGCCGACUAAAUUCUGGAUUUCUCACAAAUUUAAUAGAUUUGCAAAGCGUCGAUUUAUCAUAUAAUCGCAUGCAUAACGUAAGUGAACGGACGUUUUCCAAUUUACUGAACAUAAUUUAUUUGAGUUUAGUUGGAAACGCUAUAGAAAUCAUAUCAGAUUUUGCCUUUAACAAUCUACCUAAGCUUGAAGUUUUAGACUUGCAGGAAAAUAAUUUAUUAGAGUUCUCUACAAAAUAUUUUUAUAACGUUUCCAAUGAAGAAAGUAAUUUUUCCGUUAACGCAAGCUAUAAUUCUAUAACGUCACUUGUCGGUGGUCCAACUGCUUUCAUCAAUGUUUUGGAUUUAUCACAUAAUUUAAUAGAAAGUGUUUCCAGAACAUUUUUUGAUUCAUUAUCUCCACAUAUUCGUCAAAUAAUUCUAUCACAUAAUAGACUGAUUCAAAUAGAUAACUCUGGUUUUGGCUACUUACCAAAACUUGAGAUUCUCAAUUUACAUGAUAGUAAUAUUAGUGCUAUUAGAAGAAAAACAUUUGGUGAGCUAAUUUCACUCCAGAUAUUGGACUUAUCACGAAAUAGAUUGACACAGCUAUCCGUAGAACAGUUUUAUAAUUUGCAGAAAUUGCGUCAUCUUCGCUUGAAUUCGAACGAACUGCGUGCGCUGCCACGUGACUGUUUUAAAAACACUUUACUGGAAUACCUUGAUAUUAGCGACAACCAUCUUACCUUAUUUCCAAGCAGUGCAUUGACACAAGUAGGAUUCACCUUGAGGCGACUGGAGUUAGCUGGUAAUCGUUUAGAAUAUCUUGACUCAGCUAUGUUUAAUGCAAUCGCAUUCUUACAUGAACUGAACCUUGCCCAUAAUGCGCUAACUGUUCUUUCGGACAACACAUUCGCUGGGCUGUCGCGGCUACAGUACCUCGAUCUUUCUUAUAAUUCUAUUAAGACAAACUUCAAAGAGCUGUUCCAUAAUUUACCAUGCUUACGACGUCUUGCCAUGGCCGGGGCUGGGCUACGAAUGGUGCCUCAUAUGCCACUUGUUAACCUUACAGAGCUCAAUCUUAGUAAUAAUUUAAUAGCUUCAUUUCGAGAAAUCGAUGUACGUCAUAUCGCAAACCUUCGAGCUCUUGACCUUGCUCGGAACCGUUUUACAUCUUUGCAACCGGCCAUGUGGGCAGCUUUGCCUCGGCUAGCCUCUCUCGAUGUCUCAUAUAACCCUAUUGUGCGUAUCACAUAUGGUGCUUUUGACGGUCUCGAUUACCUACUCCAUUUACGUAUUGACCAUCUUCGCAACUUAGAGGCGGUUGAGCCACGCGCAUUUCGACCCCUUUCGUCACUGCGUUCACUUGCGCUUGAGUCACCGAUGGGCGGCAGAAAGAAUGAUGCAUCUUUGGCGGACAUUUCAGCAGCAGUACCCAGUCUUGAGUCACUUACGAUUAUUGUGCGAGACUUGACGCUUGAUUCGCAGUUGCUUGGUCUACACUCACCCAAACUGCGCGUAUUGGAGUUGCGUGGGAUAGCACUACGACAUAUAUCUUCUCACGCGUUUGAAGCGUUAGGUCGACAACGCGCAUUGACACUGCGCAUAAGUAACACAGGUGUGAGCGUAUUGCCUCCCGGCCUUGCACGUCCGUUAGCGCGAGUGCCGCACCUUGCUCUGGACCUAAGCAAUAACCAAUUGAUCAACUUUGGGCCUUCUACAUUAUACCCUAACCUCACGGGCUGGAAUAGGCUUGCGACUAAACUUCUUCCCGGUGGGCUCGUGCUUGUAGGCAAUCCGUUACGGUGUGGCUGUUCGGCUUCUUGGGUGGGAGCGUGGCUUCGACGUUGGACUGCCGAAGUGGGCGGUGGGGCAAGAAGUGCACGGGAGGCGGCGCGGCGCAGCCAGUGCCAGCGUGUGGACGCUGCACCACGAGCGCUGUUAGCGCUUGACGCUGACGAGGCUGAGUGCCAUGCCAGCGCCCUUAGCAGCAGUGCAGCUCUCGCUUCUGCCCCGCAGCAUUUCUCAGCACUAGUUCUGCUAGUUUUACUAAUACAAGGAAUCUGUUCAGUUGUGUUUAGCUAG